UGAAAACGUUCCUCUGCAUAUAGCCUGCAGACACCCUGGAUUCGGACUCCUACCCUCUAGAAUUGUGAGACAGUUAAGUUUCCCUUCUUACAAGCCACCCACUUUGUGGUACUUUUAAGGCAGCCUUAGGAAGCCAACAACAACAAAGGGAAACUAUUACAGUACCUUGGUAGAAAAAAAUUUGCCGACUCCAGCUCUAGAUUCUUAGCCCUAGUUCUGAAACUAGAGCUUUUAGCAUUGCUUAGAAAAUAGUUAGAAAUGCAAAUUUUCAGUCCCACCCAAGACCUACUGAAUCAGCAAUUUUGCCGUGGUGCUGGUCAAUCUCUUUUUAACAAGCCCUCCAGGCGAUUCUGUUCAAGUUAAAAGUAGAGGACCACUGCUCGAGCCGGUUUAUGUGAUCAGAUAUGUGAGUGCGCUGUGUUAACCUUGGCAGACGUGCUGGAAGACCGGGAUAGCCAAGGCCGCUGCUAACUUGGGCGGCACUAGGACCCGCGCGGCGUCAGCUUCGCAGCCGCCGUCAUCGCCCGGGGCGGGGCCCAGCUGUUCCGGAGCUGGAGCUUCGUUGUUCGACCCGCCCCUAGAGGCGGAUCUAAAUUGACUAACUCUGGGGCUAAGGAGCCCGGCGGCGCUCUCCUAGAUACGGCGUCUUCCUAGCUAUUCGCACUCGGACUUCGUGCUCGUCGGACCAAAGAAGUGUGUAUGUGAAGAGGGAAUUGACAUGUCUGGAGUGAAACAGGAAUAUACAAUAAUUGAAUGGUAAAAUUGUAUUUAAAGGAAACAUCAGCCGCUCCUGUACAGGGAAGGAGAUUGUUAAAUUCAUCCACAGUUGGGUUUUGUCAGGUUAUUGAUGUUCCAAACAAGUGAUUUUUAAUAUAUUGCUGCUACAUCAAAUCAACAAUGAAUUGGAAUGCAAAACCAGAGAGUGCUACAAUGCCAUCAUCGUAUCCUAAAAGCCAGUCAUCUUUUUUGCAACAGGCUUUAAUAAACCCACUUGCCUCAGCAUCUCAGAGUUCUUUCAACUAUCCUGGAAGUAACCAAGAAGCAUGCAUGUAUUCCAGUAAUUCAAAUCUCAUUUCACAGCCACUGCUCAACAUCAAAAAUUAUACAACUCCUCAACAAAUCUCUGUUUCUGAUAUGCAUAAUGGGGCAAAUGUGGCCUCACAAACUUCAGUAGAAAGAAAAACAUAUGUAAAUGUUCAAGGACCGAAACAACUAAAUCACAAUUUGCAAAUGUCUUCAGGAGUUGCACAAAAUGCAUGGUUGAACUCACAAAUGAGGAAUCCUAUGCUUUCUCAUACAGGAACAACUGUCGUAUCUAAUCAAACUGGAGUAACUGUUGUAUCUAAUCAGACUGGUUUUGGAGCUAAUAGGUCUAACAUUAAUACACUACAGAAUCAAUUUAUACCAUCAGAUACCUAUUCUCUGCAGCUGCAAACCAUCCCUUCGAAUUCUGUAAGAGUUCCUGUAACUUACCAAGGAAAUCAAGGGCUUAACCCAUCUUUGUCAGAGCAACAAGUUGACUGGGCACAACACUGUACAGCUAAUGGAUUGAUAUUUCCAGACAACAGCUCACUUCCAAAGCAAUACUGUUAUUCACAGCAAGGCUUUUUGCAAGAUACUGCACUUCAGAAACGAAACCCUAUGCUAUCUGCAUUGUUAGAAGUUAAAAAUAGUCAGUUUCCCAAUCCUGCACUGUCUUUACAGUUACAGCAGAAUGCAGCUGUACAGUCACAUCAAUAUGCAGUUACUCAAAUUGAUAAUAGACCCCCUCCUCCUAGUUAUGACUGUAUAUAUGCAAGGCAGCCUUUGCAAAAUACUCAGCAAGUUAGUAAACACUCACCAAUGGAAGUUCCUCAGAAUCAAGAAACACACUUACCUGAGGUAUUGAAAGACCUUUGUAGUGGCUUUCAGCAACAGUGGCAAAACCCUAAUAAAGGAAUCAACACGAUUGGAAAUUUUUGUAAUUUGAAAGUAAAUGGCAAAGUCAGCACAAAUGGAAAUUUUUGUAAUUUGAAAGUAAAUGGCAGUGUAAAUCAGCCUGCUAAUAAGCCAGUUAGAUCUCUUGUGGAUGGUGUUCAGACUUUUGCUCAGAAUAAUAAAGAUAAAAGAAUGGAUUCUGGCAGUUCAACCUCAAAUCCAAUACUGGACACAAAUGUCACAAAAGAAGGGUUAGUGCGUGAUAUUAAAAAAUUAGUAGACACAAGAAAGAAAUUAUUGGAGCUUGCAAGGAAAAUUAAAAUAAAUCAAAAUAUUUUGAUGGCAGCAGGAUGUAGUAAAGCAACUAAUACCUCUCACAGUGAAUCAGCUCAGAAUUCUGAAUUGUCUCUGAAACAGACUUCCAAAAUUCAGUCAGGGUCACAGGUAACCCCAGUAACUCCAGAGAUUUCAGAGGGUCAGCAAUCAACUGUAAUGAAAUCUGCAGAAGAAGCAAAUAGAACGCACUGUACAUUGAAUCCCAACAUUCAUGAUAUCAAUUGCAAAAAGUCUAACCAAGGCAAUUCUAUUUUACUAAAUUCUGACUGUUCAGAAAAGUUGGCAAUGCCAGACCAAUUUCAUGAUUUGCAAGCUCUAACUUCUUUAAAGACAUCAACUGUUGAGAUUACCCAGACAACGUUAAAUAAUACCCAACUUUCAUCAGAAAAUGUCAGGGAUGACCAAAAUCUAUCAACAGAUUCUAAAACAAUUACUGCCCCCCAGUCAGUGCUUUUUCAGGAAUAUGUUUCAAAAUAUCCAAAUAAAAAUACUCUACUCCGAUUCCUUAUGCCUAGAGAGAAAACUAAGAAUGAAUCAGUAAAAAAUGUUAAUGAAACUAUUCAAGAUCCUAAACCAAAGAGUUUUGAAAUGAAUCAGAAUACCCAAAUCUCUGGUGACCUACCAAAUCUGAAAACCAUGGAAACUCAGAGUACUUGUAAUAUAAAUGCCAAGGCUUCAGACAAGUCUUGUCUUCUUGAUUAUAAACCCUCAACAAAUGGAAUGUCUUCUAAAAGUGACAGUCACUGUUCCAUGGAAUUGCUAGCAACAUGUCUUUCUCUGUGGAAAAAGCCACCUUCAGAGCCUACAGAAGAAAAACAUGAUGAGUCGAGAACAAACAGAACAACAAGUCACAUUUCAAAACCUGUAGAAGUCUAUGAUAAGAGUCCUUGUGCAGUUGUAGGACCUUCUCAGAAUAAAAUGUUCAAUAACUCAGAACAAGAAACAGCUUUGCCAAUGGUAGUGCAGAAUUAUGAGUCUGCAGGUGCAAAUACAACAAAGGGAUCAGAACUUCAGAUUGCUGUAGUGUCACCUUUAAUUCUUUCAGAUGUCAAAACAAUAUCUGUCAAGGGAAUAACACCUGAAGCAUUACCUGAAAUAAUGUAUCCAGUUAUUAAAGAAGGUAGUGUUUGUAGCUUACAAGAUCAGUUGGCAGAAAAUAUGAGCGUAUCUCCUUUGAAAGCUAAUGUUAGUGAACUAGUAGCAAGUACUACAUCAUCAACUAAGAUUUCUCCACUAAUUCAGAAGGAAAAGCAGGACAAGUCAACUAACUGUAAUUUAGAAGGUGUACCUAAUACCAAUCAGGGAAAGCAUAUCAAAUCAAAAUCACAUGUCCACUCUUCCCCAAAUGUAGAUACCUUAAUCUGUCCAGAUGUGAGUGGUAAUCAGCAAGUCUUGGAUGAAUCAAGGGGAAGUACUGUUGUGAGUGGUGAUACGUUACAGAUUGCCAACAUUUGUUCUCUUGUUGAAGGUGAUAUAUCUUAUAAUUCCCAAAUAGCAAAGAUAUUCAACUCUCCCUAUUUGGAUAAGGUUGAGCCACAGAAACCUUGUCUACCUGAUCACCAAGUAAUUAGUUGUAGACAACAAAAAGAACAAUUAGAUAAAACCACAGAAAAUAAAAACUUUGGUUUUCAAAAAGAGAAGAUUGUACAGGUCACUGAUGUUUCCCCUAAGAUAACUCAUCAGCCAGAGUCACUGCCACCUUCAGAAUCAUCACUGAAGAAUGUUAAAGCAAAUGGAGAAAUCCUAGAGGAAAACAAAUUGGAAUGUAUCACUAACAAAGAAAUCAUGACUAGCAAUAUGUAUUGUUCAGCUGCUAUUCAACAGGAUAGUCCAGAAAUUGAUGCACCCUGCAAUUAUAUUUCCCAAGAUCCUACAAGCAGCGAGAUUUUCAGUGAUAAGACAUCCCUCUUAUACCUACAUGAUCAGCUGUCAGAACUUUUAAAAGAGUUUCCUUAUGGCAUUGAAGCUGUAAACUCACGUGAAGGUUCUGCAGGCCAACAAAUAACAGAGCAAGUAAAAAAUCAAAGUUAUGAUAAAACUUCUUGUGACUCCAAAGACUCAACAUCAACAGACCAAAUAAAAAUUACAAUAAUAAGCUCAGAGCAAAUGAAAGAAUUAUUUCCUGAACAGGAUGAGCAACCCAGUGAUGGAGACAAAUUGACAGAACCUCAGAAAGAAAAGCCUAUCACGAAAGUAGAGAGUCAGUGUGAUCCAAAAGCACAUACAGAAGGAGAAAGUCAUGAUUCUGUAGUAUCGAACUUAAAGAGAGAUGAUAUCCAUUGCUGUGCGUUGGGUUGGCUCUCUAUGAUUUAUGAAGGAGUACCACAGUGUCAAUGUAAUUCCAUGAAGAACUCAGCUUCAGAGGAAGAAAAAAAAAAUCAUUGUUCCGCUUUGGAGACCAACAGGUGUAAACAAGGAGAGAGAACCUCUGAUAGAGACAUCCCUGGUGUUGAAUGUAAUAGGUCUCCAAAUAAGGAUUUGAAGACUCCUCUGAUUCUUCCAGAUGGGAAAAAUAGUUUUCCUGAAAUAAAACAAGACAAGAAUAUGAAAGAUAAUACCGAAACAAAACAUAGUAACUCACUAAAGACUGAAAAAGAAUUACCUAGUCAGUUUUCAUCUAAGUGUGAUAAAAAACUAGAUCCCUUGCAGAGUCACAAAAGAAAAAGAAAACUUCAGUUCCAUGAGGUAACUUUUCACUCCAGUAGUAAAUUGAUGAAAUUCUGUGAGCAAGAUUCUCAAGAGAGCCUGCAGAAGAAACACACGGCACAAAACUCACGUCCACUAAAAGCAAAGACAGUUAUUUUGACAAAUAAAGAUCUAUACAAGAAGAAUGGUUCUUUGAUACAGUCAAUAUCACCAGAAAAGAUAAAAUUGAAAUUCAGAGCAGGUGGCUCUAGAUACAAACUUCUGGAAAACAGGAAGUUAGACCAAGGAAAUAUAUUUGAUAUGGAGAGAAAGAAGAAGAAAUAUGAUAAACGAGAGCAGAAUAAAAAUGCAGGAAGUUCGUUCAAAUUAUGUAAUUCUUUGUCAAACUUAAAUGAAAGAACCAGUAUUAAGGAAAAGACAGUAUCAAUAGAAGUAAAAUCCACAAACCUGGAAAUCAAUAUCCACAGAAGUUUAAUGAAAUCUUCAAAUAUUAACUCCUCAGACUCAAAGGAUAUUUCAUGUAAAAUUAAUAGAGUUAUGGCACCGAAGGAAUAUUUACAAAGGCAGAAGCAUAAAGAAGCAAUUGGUAACAAAGCGUCAAAGAAAAGCUGUGUAAUUGAAAAAAUUAAAAAUGUGCCAUGCGAUUCUGAGUACAUAAGGCCCACUAAACAUUCCAUGCGAGUAGAAAGUUGUGGGAAGUCAAAUGAGAGACACGGUAGCAUUGUACAGACUUCUAAAGAAUCGUUAAAUAUUUUAACAAGCCACGGUAAAACUCUCAAAAUCCACCAUUCUGAGGAGGCUAAAGUACACAAGAGUUCAAAGAAUGCAAAAGGAACAGUCGGUGGAAAGCAACCUGAUAAAAUAUGGAUGGAUAAAACCAAAACAGGCAGACAUUUAACCAAUAUAAAUAAUGAAGGUGAACUCAGUCAGUUGACACAGCAAGCAAAGGAUCAAAGGAAACAAUACCUGAACAGAGUUGCAUUUAAAUGCACUGAAAGUGAAAGCAUUUGUCUCUCAAAAUUAGACAAUUCUCCCAGGAAGCCUAAUAAUGAUACUGAGAGGAGCCAGGAAAAUAAACCUAAAAGUUUUAUACCUGUGAAAGAUGCCACAGAGAAACCGACAGUGCUGGAGUUUAAGUUGUGUCCAGAAGUGCUACUCGAGAACAGAAACUUUGGCGAAGAAUGGAAGAAGCUGAAGCCUGCUCCUGGAAAAGAGCAAGCACCUGUACAAGUUUCAGGAAUAAAAAGUACAAAAGAAGCCUGGCUAAAAUGUGUUAAUACGGAGAAAAGGAUGCAGGAAGCCAACCAAAAAAUAGAUAAAAAUGUUUUGCCUAAAUCCAAACUACCGAAGAGAAGUGUCAGCGCAGAUGGACUUGAGACACAACAAAACACAGUAAAAGAUUCAAAAGCAAUGUUUCAAACCUACAAAAAGAUGUACAUGGAGAAGAGAAGCAGAAGCCUUGGUAACAGUCCUUUAAAGUAAUUAUGAGACGUGAUGCUGUAAUUGCCACAAUUAAUGUUUCUCUGUCAGAGAGUAUGGGUACCAAUAUAUGCUUCAUUGAAAUUUCUUAAUUAAAAUGACUUGCGAACCUUGUUUGUAGGUCGGCAGACAUUAAAAAAUGGUAUAUGCCAGGGAGAGACCGUAAGGUAUUUGAACGUCUACAUUGUUGAACCAGGUUUACCAUUGUUUUAAAAGGAAUUCUUCACAAUGAAUGUUAUUUUGAAAUACCAACUAUCCAUCAUGAGGAAGGACAGUUCCUCAGUAAGGGCUUGUUUAUUUUAACUGGCACUGUAAGUAUAUUUUGUUUAAGCUACAUUAGCAAAACUUAUUUUUUAAAAAUACCCACUGACUGUCAAAAUGUAUUCUCAAGUGUUUUGUACCUCCUAAUUGUAAACAAAACAGAAGUCUUGUUUUUUACUUGUUAAACUGAACACAAGCUUUGGAUAAUGUUUAAACAUUACUUUUCCUACUUAAAAUAAACAUUUAUUUUUUAAAAAACUA